AUGGCUAUCUUCAACACUCACAACGCAUGGGCCUUUGCUUUCGGUUUAAUCGGCAACAUCAUCUCCUUCUGCGUGUUCCUCUCUCCGGUGCCGACCUUCUAUAGGAUAUGGAAGAAGAAGACGACAGAAGGGUUUCAUUCACUUCCAUAUGUGGUGGCCCUCUUCAGUGCCAUGCUGUGGCUUUACUACGCUACUCAGAGGAGUGACGUUCUCCUUCUCGUCACCAUUAACUCUUUCGGCUGCUUCAUCGAGACCCUUUAUAUCUCCCUCUUCCUCGCCUUUGCCGACAAGAGUGCUCGGAUGUUUACAUUGAAGUUGGCCCUGCUUAUGAACUUUGGAGGAUUCUGUAUGAUUCUCCUCCUCUGCCAAUUCUUGGCAAAAGGAUCGACCCGUGCAAAGAUCAUCGGGGGAAUCUGUGUCGGAUUCUCCGUCAGCGUUUUCGCUGCCCCUCUCAGUAUAAUCAGGGUGGUGAUAAAGACGAAAAGCGUGGAGUUCAUGCCCUUCAGCUUAUCAUUGUCCCUUACACUCAGUGCUGUCGUCUGGCUUCUCUAUGGCCUUUCUCUAAAGGACUUCUACGUUGCCUUCCCGAAUGUGAUUGGCUUUCUUCUCGGUGCAAUCCAAAUGAUUCUGUACGUGGUUUACAAAUACUGCAAAACGACGCCGGAUUUCACGGAGAAAGAACUGGAGGCGGCAAAAUUGCCUGAGGUGAGCAUUGACAUGGCAUUUCCUGAGUCUCCGAUCACAGCCGUCCGUUCGGAAAGCACGUGUACCUGCAACAAUCGAACGGCUGAGGACGACGAUGGUCCUAACACUGAAAACGGCAGGCAGUGCUCCGCCGCCGCCAAAUGAGAAUGUUUGAGACG